AUGGGGACCACAGAAGCUACACUAAGGAUGGAAAAUGUGGACGUGAGGGAUGAAUGGCAGGAUGAGGACCCGCCCAGACCACUCCCAGAAGACACCGGGGUGGAGCGGCUGAGUGGCACAGUGGAAGACUCCUCCUCACCUCCGUCCACCCUGAACUUGAGCGGAGCACAUCGAAAGAGAAAGACGCUGGUCGCCCCAGAGAUCAACAUCUCCCUGGACCAAAGCGAGGGCUCGAUGCUGUCCGACGACUUCCUCGACACCCCUGAUGACCUGGACAUCAAUGUGGAUGACAUUGAGACGCCAGACGAAACUGACUCUCUGGAGUUCUUGGGGAAUGGCAAUGAGCUGGAGUGGGAAGAUGACACCCCAGUGGCCACCACCAAAAACAUGCCUGGUGACAGCGCAGACCUGUUUGGGGACGGCUCUGCAGAAGACGGCAGCGCGGCCAAUGGUCGUCUGUGGAGGACUGUCAUCAUCGGGGAGCAAGAACAUCGCAUCGACCUGCAUAUGAUCCGGCCGUACAUGAAGGUGGUCACCCACGGAGGAUACUACGGGGAAGGUCUCAAUGCCAUCAUCGUCUUUGCAGCCUGCUUCCUGCCAGACAGCAGUUCCCCAGACUAUCACUACAUCAUGGAGAAUCUCUUCCUGUAUGUCAUCAGCAGCCUGGAGCUGCUGGUGGCCGAGGACUACAUGAUCGUGUACCUGAACGGCGCCACGCCCAGGAGGAGGAUGCCCGGCCUCGGCUGGCUGAAGAAGUGUUACCACAUGAUUGACAGGAGACUGAGGAAGAAUCUAAAGUCCCUGAUUAUCGUCCACCCCUCGUGGUUCAUUCGCACCGUGCUGGCCAUCUCCCGGCCCUUCAUCAGUGUGAAGUUCAUCAGUAAAAUCCAGUAUGUGCACAGCCUGGAGGAGCUGGGGCAGCUCAUCCCCAUGGAGCACGUGCAGCUGCCGGACUGUGUCCUGCAAUAUGAAGAACAGAGACUCCGAGCCAAGAGGGAGAGCACACGGCCACCGAAGACCCCAAAACAGGAGACUCUGAGGGACUUAAUAUCCUAG